GGAAUGGAUGAAACUACAGUCACCAAGCUCGAGAAGUACCAGGAGAUAAUACGGGAGUCGAGUAUCUUGAAAAAAACUUUUGAGUUAAUCGAUAAGUUCAAUAGGGAACAAAUCGCGUUUAAGCGGAUACGAUGUUUGGCACUUGGGUCACCGGUUGAGACUAAGAUUGCAUUGUUCCAACUAGCGUACUUGAUUGAAAUACAACUUGAGUACUCAGUAGAACCAGAAAAUGUAUCAUUGUACGACCCAGUUUUCAAUAAAGAUGAUAAGAGGCUUUUAAAGGAACAUUUGGGGUAUGAAAUUGACCAGACAUACGAGAUAGAAGAGCCAUGUAUAAAAGAAACCAUAUUCUUCCUACCCCAUGCGGGACUUGAUAUUACAGACGGUUUAAUAGAAGAAACAAAACCCCAAUGGAUGAUAGGAAAUGACUUGGUCAGUCAUACUGAACGAUUGAGUAAACAAAAAUUAUAUGAGACUUACCGAAAUUUGGCUUACUUAGUUAAGCUUAUUGAAGAUUCAAAUCAUAAUCAAAUAGAUGAUGGGUUUACUAGCGUGAAGCCAAAAUCUAAGAGAAACAGAAAGAAUAAAUACGUAUUCAAAGAACCCGAAUUAGUUUACGAUUUCAGUAAGGUUUAUUUUGAUAAGGUGCUACAUGAAAAAUUACCUUCGGACGAUGGAGUUUGGGGAAAUGCAUUCACUGAUUUGACAGUUCAUCAUAUAAAGUCCAAAACUGAGCAAAAUCAAAUUGAUGAUUUGGAGCAAGGUUUACAUCAACUUAAAGUUUAA